AUGAAUAAUUGCAAUGCAUGCUCAGAUACAGAGUAUCCAAGCAAGAAUCGGGAUUUCUGCCUUCCAAAGGCCACCACCUUCUUGUCCUAUGAGGAGCCUUUGGGGCUCGCUUUAGCCCUCCUUGCACUUGCCUUUUCCUUCAUCACAGUUCUGGUGCUGACUGUGUUUAUGAAGAACCACAGGACUCCCAUAGUCAAAGCCAACAACCAGAAGCUCACCUACACUCUGCUCAGCUCCCUUCUGCUCUGCUUCCUUUGCACUUUGCUCUUCAUUGGCAAGCCUCAGAAACUCACCUGCCUCCUCCAACAAACUGCCUUCUUCAUCAUCUUCUCAGUUGCUGUUUCUUCUGUGCUGGCAAAAACCCUCUUGGUUGUUCUGGCUUUUAUGGCUAUUCAGCCAGGAUCCAGGAUAAGGAAGUGGUUGGGAAGGGAUAAGGCCAGUGUCAUUGUCCUUUCCUGCUGUCUCAUCCAAGCAGGCAUCUGCACUGUGUGGCUGGGAACAUCACCCCCAUUCCCAGAUGUUGACCUUUUCUCCAUGGCUGAAGAAAUCAUAUUGGAAUGUAAUGAGGGCUCAGGGAUGAUGUUUUACUAUGCCUUGGGCUACAUGGGCCUUCUUGCAACCAUCAGUUUCACUGUGGCCUUCCUGUCCAGGAAGCUGCCCGGCAGUUUCAAUGAAGCCAAGUUCAUCACCUUCAGCAUGCUGGUCUUUUGCAGUGUUUGGCUCUCUUUUGUUCCUUCUUACCUCAGCACCAAGGGGAAAUCCAUGGUUGCUGUGGAGAUAUUUUCCAUCUUAUCUUCCAGCACAGGAUUGCUGUGUUGCAUCUUUUUUCCCAAAUGCUACAUUAUUGUGCUGAGACCUGAGCUGAACAACAGAGAACAGCUAAUUAGAAGAAAAUAUUGA